AUGAUUCCAACUCUGAUCUUUCUCUCCCUCUCCCUUCUCUGCAGUACUGCCUUGUCGGUACCCCAACGAGUAAUCGUGACGGGUGCGGGAGGACAGACAGGACAAGCACUGUUUCGAAAAAUGUUAGAUUUGCCCGAUGAGUUCAUGCCUUUGGGAAUUGUCCGUACCCAAGAAAGCAAAGAAGCUUUGGUGUCGUCGGGAGUUCCCGAGGACAAUGUGGCCGUGGUGGAUGUGUCGGGUUCUUCUUCUGGCAGCACCAUUCAAGAGGCCAUUCAGUCCUUUUGUACCGACGAAGAACCUCUCGCUGCUUUUUGCAUUGCCACAUCCGCCAAGCCUGCACCCAUUGGACAAGAUGAGGAUGGAAAACCCAUUUUUGGAUUCCCCAACGGUGCUCCCGAACAAGUCGAUUGGAUCGGUCAACAAAAUCAGAUUGAUGCGUGUCCUCCCGGAACGCACAUUGUCGUCUGUAGCAGCAUGGGUGGAACCGAUCCCAGCAAUCGUCUCAAUGCAUUUGGCAGAGAAACGUUGGAAGAUGGAAGUCACAAGGGUGGAAAUAUUCUCUUGUGGAAACGCAAGGCCGAAGUCUACCUCAUGGACAAGUGCAAAAAUAAUGGCGACUACAGCUACACGAUUGUACAUCCCGGUGGAUUGGUCAAUGAACCAGGUGGUGAACGGGAAAUCGUUGUGGGCGUGGAUGACGAACAAACUGGGACCGAAUCGAGAUCGAUCCCUCGUGACGAUGUUGCUUCUGUCAUGCUCAAUGCGGUACGAUACCGGAAAGGAGCCUUUAAGAAUCGGUCCUUUGAUAUUCGAGCCAAGCCAGUAGGGGAAGGAACAGCCACAGUCGACUAUGAGAAUCUCUUGGAAGGCAUCAAGGGACGAAAUUCUGACUACAGUCUUGGAAAGACCAUGUAA